AUGUUCAAGUCGUUCGCCCCCCUUGCCCUCAUUGCCCUCGUGGCCUCGUCGGCCAUCGCCUCGCCCGUCGAGAUCGAGGACCGCUCGCUCGAUGCCCGUGACGGCCAGGCCUUCCUCUCGUACUGCACCAAGUCGCGCGGCAACUUCAACGCCGGUGCGCUCUCGACCACCGUCGACCAGUUCUGCGGCACUGUCCGCGCCUGGGACGUCCGCGGCUCCAAGGACGUCGACGACGGCUUCAAGCUCACGUACCGCGACGAGCAGGGCGGCGGACCCGACGAGUACUGCGCCACCGCGUACCACUGGAUCGUGGACAACUGCGCGUCGCAGGGCAAGGGCGGCUUCUACGGCGUCAACGCCAUCUCGUACAAGCUCACCCGCGGCAGCCCUUAA